AUGCUGGAGUCGCGUUUUCUGAUUGGUAUCAAAAACACUUUUAAAAAAGAAUACGGCUACUCAUUUUAUCUUGCUGGGCUCGCGUGUAUGUUUCUAUUGUUCGGUUUGUUGGCCGGCGCAAUGGUCACCACAUACCUCUUUUUCACGAAAAACGGGCGCAGCUUCGUGGAAGAUGCGCAACUGAAGAACCGUACCCACGCAUCUACAUGGAAUCCGUUUGCUAGUUUACGGAAAUCGAAGGUAACUAAUGAAUGAUU